AUGGAUCACGAGAAGGAUUCAGGUGAACCCACUGAAAUGUUGUUCACUGAAAGAAAUUUGUUGGAAAGACGACAUAUGUUGUACCAAGGCAAGACCAAGCCUCCCGGACGGCAAGCAUCAUCCUCUAAAACUAAACGUGGAACUGCACCAACAACAGCGCCAAAGCCUCCAAAACCUUUGACUGGAAAACCUGUGCCUACGAACGUAUUAGCAGUAGAAACAUUCCCGCCCACAACGACCUCUGCAACCUCACCAACUUCGACAAUCCGUAAAACUACACCUCGGAGGCACAAACCAUCACGACGUGUUACAACAGAAACCUCUACAACAACCUAUACUACUACGGUGAAGGUGGAACCAAUACCAACAACCACUGAGGAAAUCAUGUGA